CUCGGCUCCCGCCCCCCUCCGCCCCUCGCUCGCUCCCUCCCUCCAGCCAGGGACUGCCCCCGAGCUCCGGCCGGCGAGCUUGCCGCUGCUGGUCGUCCGCGUCGCGGGCUCUCCGGCUCACCUGGACAACCCUCCUCCCCGCCCCGCGCCUUGUCCCACCUAAAAGUUCUCGGAGGCAGGCGGCGGCGGCGGGAGUCAGGAGUCGCGGCGUGAGGGGCGCCCCCGCCGGCCCCUCUGGGAACAUGGCGACCGGCGGCUAUCGGAGCAGCGGCAGCACCACGGACUUCCUGGAGGAGUGGAAAGCGAAGCGCGAGAAGAUGCGCGCCAAGCAGAACCCCGUGGGCCCGGGUUCGAGCGGCGGGGAUCCAGCCGCCAAGUCCCCCGCGGGACCGCUGGCCCAGACUACAGCCGCCGGGACCUCGGAGCUCACCCACGGCCCCGCCGGCGCGGCCGCACCUGCCGCCCCCGGGCCGGGCGCUCUGAACUGCGCUCACGGCUCGUCCGCGCUGCCCCGCGGGGCUCCCGGCUCCCGGCGGCCGGAGGACGAGUGUCCUAUUGCCGCUGGGGCCGCGGGAGCACCCGCGUCCCGGGGAGACGAGGAGGAGCCGGAUAGCGCCCCGGAGAAGGGCCGCAGCUCGGGGCCCAGCGCCAGGAAAGGCAAAGGGCAGAUCGAGAAGAGGAAGCUGCGGGAGAAGCGCCGCUCCACCGGCGUGGUCAACAUCCCGGCGGCGGAGUGCUUAGAUGAGUACGAAGAUGACGAAGCAGGACAGAAGGAGCGGAAGCGAGAGGAUGCUAUCACACAGCAGAACACCAUCCAGAAUGAAGCUGCGAGCCUCCCAGAUCCAGGAACCUCCUACCUGCCCCAGGACCCGUCGAGAACAGUCCCAGGCAGAUACAAAAGCACAACCAGUGCCCCAGAAGAAGAAAUCUCAAAUAGAUAUCCCCGAACAGAUAGAAGUGGCUUCAGUAGACACAACAGAGAUGCCAGUGCGCCUGCUAGCUUCGCUUCAAGUAGCUCCCUGGAAAAGAGAAUUGAAGAUCUUGAGAAGGAAGUCUUGAGAGAAAGGCAAGAAAACCUUCGACUUACGAGGCUGAUGCAAGAUAAAGAAGAAAUGAUUGGAAAACUCAAGGAAGAGAUUGAUUUGUUAAAUAGAGACCUCGAUGACAUGGAAGACGAAAACGAGCAACUAAAGCAGGAAAAUAAAACUCUUUUGAAAGUUGUAGGGCAGCUGACAAGGUAGAAGACGCAAGGCUGCCUCGGUGUGGGAAACCUGCUUUUGAACCGCUGAUGAAUGUCAUGGCGAAGGCGCCCGUGAUUCCGUGCGCUGAGAGAACUGUAUAUUUAUUUCUAGAAAACACGUGGAGCUCUUCUCCUCAAAAUUUACUCUUUCUCAUUACUAGUUUUUAAAAAGUGUAAAUCCCCGUCUUUCACAUAGAAGUUAACAUCUUUAGCUAUUAAAAUGAUAGGUGAUGCCUCUUGGUUCUGUGUGAUACUCAGAUAAUAUAUGGUUCGAAGUAGCAGCCAUUUGCAUAUGUUUUAUCUAUGUUAGCACAUAUCCUCCCUAAAGGAAGAUGCAUAGUCUUUGUUUACAUGAAUUCAAAUCCUUGGGGGAGUUGCCUACAGAUGCCCUAUUACUAAUGCGUGCGCCUUCCGUGUGCUAAUGCCUACUCAUAAAGACGUGUCUGCCGUCUCGUCCUCCCACGGGCUCUCCUGAUUCUGAGUGGUAACAGAUACACUACUUUGUAUAGCAGUAAUCGUUCAAAGGAAAGCUAUUUUGCAGUUAUUUCAUAUGUUCUAGUUGGCUAAAUAUAAACUUAAGAGAAUACUUGAACUGUGUUAUAGUAAGUGAAAAAUUACUAUUUUGUGUUUGAAUAUUGAAAAAAAUUUCAAUAACUUCUGAAAAACAGUUAAUGUAUAGUUUCUUAUGUAGGUACUAUCAUUCUUUUUUUUUUAUUGCUCUAGGGUUUACUAGUAAAUAAUGGGAUAUUUAAAAAGUUGUUUAUCCUUCAGGCCUCAAUUUUGUACAAUUUCAGUAUUGAAGAAGAAAAUUGAUGCUGUGAAUAGCAUGUGCUUCAAAAAUCAGAACUAAAAAAAUUUUCCACACUUAAAAUAUGUACACAUACGUCAGCGUGUGUAAGCAGAGAUAACACAGAUAUCUCAGCCAAUUCCUGAGUUGGAGACACCCUGGGAUGCUUUUUGUCAAUAGAGAAUCAUCCCAUAACCCUAACACUGAAGAUUUUAAAGCAACCAUAUUUGAAGAUUUAUAAAAUAAAGUUGUCUUCUAUUAAAUAU